AAUUUAUUUUUUUCAGACAUAAAAUAUUUAUUUACACAAAAUUAAAAACAACAAAUAUAACAACCAAAUUACCAAAUUCAGGAUCUGGGCACUUUCUAUCCAAUUCCCUCUUUAACUGUUUCAUUGAAAAACCCUAACUCUUAAAAUAUCAAUUGCCAAAAAAUACUUCAAUUGCGCGCAAAUACAAGUCAAUUGAAGAGUGGUUAGAGCUCAGGAAGCACCCAAAUCCUUGAUAUUUUUGCCUACAGGCUUCCUAUGUUUUCACAAAUUUCAUCUUCUCUUUAUGGUGUAUCUCUAGUCAUUUCAUCCAACAUCCUUGAAGGAUUUCAAAUAGCAAGAAGGAUAGUACCUCUCUAGUUUUAAUGGAUGUGACUGUGAAUGGCAAUGGGUUCUUGGGAAACAAUGGUCACUUGACUUCGAGACACUCGCCCCGUCUAUCUUGGCUUGAUUUAAGAGUCUUUUAUGUGAGAAUUAGCAAGUGUGAAAUUGAUGAUUCGACCCCUGAGAACCUCACUUUGAACCAUAUCCCAUUGGAUCCCAACACCCUUCUUGAAGUAAAUGGAGUAAGAGCUAGUAUAUAUUCUGAUGGAGUAUCAACUCUUCUCCGAAGGGAUCGACUUGAUAAGAAAUCUGAAGAGGCUACAUAUGUGAGCACAGACAGUAUUAGAAUAACAGGUAGCGUGAAGUUUGAGGUACUUGAUAGGGAUGCUCCUGUCCUUUCUGGGUAUUUGAAUAAGUGUGAGAGCAAUGGUUAUAUUGAUGGUAGUGAAUCUGAUCAUGUAUCUCGGAUGUGGAGUAUGAAUUGUGAAACGAAUGCAACAGUGGGUACUGGCUUUUUAAAAGGGAAACAGUUAAUUGGAUCUGAAUUAGCUUUACCGACCAUAGAAGUGUAUGUUGCUGGAUGUUUCUUGGGGACACCUAUAAUGUUAACUAAAAGUUUGCAUCUUAAUUCUCGGAGGAAGCAAGUAAGAAUGGCAAUGCUAAAUUCAAUUCCUGAGAAUGACUCAACUGAAAGCGAGAAAGAGUCUCCACCCCGACUUCCUGUGCAGGUGGAAAAUGAAGGAUACAGCAACUAUUAUCCAGGUACCGAGUAUUUUGAAGGCGAAGAUGGUGAACUCUCAUUUUUCAAUGCAGGAGUAAGGGUUGGUGUUGGAAUUGGCCUUAGUGUCUGCCUUGGAAUUGGAAUAGGCGUUGGUUUGCUGGUUAAAACCUACCAAGGAACAACACGCACUUUCAGAAGACGGUUCUUCUGAUCUAUGACCCCCCGAUGCUCAGUGAUAGCUGUUCUCUCACUUGCCCUUUCUUCGAAUUGCUGUGAAAUUAUGCUUUAGAUUGUGCAGCAAGUAGUGUGUCUGCUUUGACAAUACAUGGUAAAUCGUGAACCAAGAACUUGCAUACAAAAGACCACCCGCUUUGAGUGCUCUAAGCUUGCGGCUCAGCUAACGAAACACUAUUUGGUUUGGAUAGGUGUGUUAGCUUGUUUCAUCGUGUAACACUUAAAAUGCAUAGUUAUCUUAUAAGACGCAAGUUUUUCAGUUGCUCAAGAAUGUCAAUUGCUGACAAGUUUUGUUGAUGAGAUUGGAAAUGUGUAAAAUUCCAUGGACAUGUUUUUUGAGUUGUAGAUUUCUUAGUUGUGUGUAUAUUAUGGUUCAGAAUUAUCAGUUUCUACAGAACUACUUACUCCUAAAACAGUCUUGUUAUCCUUUGUAUUAUUUGCAUCUUCUGGGGUUUUUCAGCUCGGAUAUCAAUUCACAAUUCAUGUUUGCUGGUUCA